AUGGUAAUUAGACAACGUCGUAGUGGUGGAACAUCUACUGGUUCAUCUGCUGCUCGUGCUUCAAAUGGUGGAUGGCGAUUCUAUACUGAUGAUGCUCCAGGAAUGAAAAUUGGACCUGUUCCAGUUCUUGUUAUUUCCUUGGCAUUUAUUUUUUCAGUUUUUGUCCUUCACACCUGGGGAAAAUUCACCAGAUCUCACUAA